GAUGCCAAGAAGUAUAUGGAUAAAAGUUCUACUGGAGGCACUACGCAAGACAGAGAAAGAGAAUUUUUAAUGCGCUAUGGCGCAUUGUCAAUGGUAGCUACGUGGAUGGUAUUCUUAGGAGCUCAAGAUGGUCUUUCUUUCCAUGACACUAUGAAUGAAGUCUGUCGUUGGACCCAACCACAAGAACAAAAAUCUGGCUUGAAAAGACAAACAAGAGAUUCUCCCAUGCCAAACUUUGUUGGUGACCCUUCAGUGGUCAAGACAAAAGGAGCACCCAAGGGGAAAAAGGAGAGGGGUAAACGGAGGUGCAUUAAAUGCAACAGUGCUGGUCAUGUAAAGAAUAAAUGUCCUGUGAGGAAUGACGGUGAUGAUUUGGGUGAUAAGACUGGUAGUGGCACGCAAGCUAGCUUUGGUACCGAAGAGGUCAAGCUUCCCAAGGACCCUAUGGCUUCUCAAGAGACAUUAGCAGUGCCAAAUACAGAAGUAAAUGCAUCUGUGCAGCAAGAGUUUGGGCUAGGUGAUUCAGGAUUGAUUAAUGGCCAUGAGACUCCCAUCCCACCGUAUGGAAGUCACCAGUGGCUAUUACAGGUUGUACAACAAGGACAUUAUUCGAAGUUCAAUGGGAUGCAGUAGCAUGUACUUGUAUAUACUCAUGAGAGUAUGGUUUAAGAUGUUAGUUAAAUUCUUGGAUUUCAUAUAAUAGUGCUUUGAGGUUGAUAUAAUUAUUUAUUAUUAAAUUUUUAGAUAUUUAUCAUAACUUGUCAUCGUUACACUCGGCUGAAAUGUGCAGAAGGAUUCAAUAGUUUUGAUUU